CCCCAGUGGCAGCCACCUUCAGCUGCACCAUGAAGUUCUCCGUCCGGGACUGCGACCCCGACACUGGGGUCCCCGCUGAGGAGGGCUAUGAGGACGAGUACGUGCUGGAAGAUCUGGAAGUGACCGUGUCCGACCACAUCCAGAAGGUUCUGAAGCCUAACUUCGCUGCGGCCUGGGAAGAAGUGGGUGACGCCUUUGAGAAAGAGGAGACGUUUGCCCUCAGUUCUACCAAAACUCUCGAAGAAGCCGUCAACAACAUCAUCACCUUCCUGGGCAUGCAGCCCUGUGAGAGGUCGGACAAAGUACCUGAGAACAAGAACUCCCACUCCCUCUAUCUGGCGGGUGUGUACAGAGGAGGCUCUGACUUACUGGUGAGGUCCCGGCUGGCCUUAGCAGAUGGCGUGACCAUGCAGGUGGCUGUCAGAAGCCAAGAGGGAACACCGGUAGAUGUCAUCUUGGCUUCUGUGGGGUAGCUUUCGGUGGGGCGAGAUGGAGCUGGCGUGCACGGCCCUGUCAGGGGGCUUUUAGGCUAGUGCAUGACCUUCCCAGAAUCAUACUUCAAAACCGGAAUGACUUUGGAGAAGCAAAUUAAAUUUUUGGCCCUGAGCCAGCAGAUCAAGCGAAUCUCUGUCCAUGUACACAGGUCUGUUUGUUUUGUUUUCUCCUUUUUCUUUUAAUUACCCUCAGUCAGCUUUGGUAUUAAAGUGCGGCUUUGGGUGAUCUUGAAAAUCAAAUACUAGCCUAUACCCCAGCUGCUUAACUCCGUUACGGUCUGUAAUCUAAUGUGUGUCUGAGAGCUCCUGGCGAGGUGGGGAAAGUCGUAUCCCAGAGGGGUGGUAGGGGAGGGGAAGCCAGAGUCCACUUUUGUCAAAAUUCAUUUUUAUUAAUAGAAAAUAAACACUUAUUCCAGUUUCAGUUA